AUUCACACACACGUAACAAGCGCUUCUUGCUCUACUCCUUCUUUGUUUGUGUAUGUGUGUGUGUGCGGAGGAAGUCGUGUCCUGGAGAAGUUUUCAAUGCGUGCUUCAGGAUUGUGGCGCAUUGGACGGCUGUAGUGUGGACCGAGCGGAAGGAAGGAGGAGGGAGAUCGUACAUUAACUCCUGCUGGCUGCGGGGACUCUCCACUUGAUAGAAGCCAACACGGGGAUGGGAUGCUCUCAGAACAACACUCUCAGCUUUUGGGGCAGACGCGACAAAUGACUCCCAAACGAAAAGCCACUUAAUUGCGCGUUUUAUUUGGCCACCCGGUGUUUUCCAGGGGAUUUUACGCACCGCAAAAAGAGUGGAGCAAACGCUGCAGAGAUGAGUGUUGCGUGGUUUUCCUUGCUCCUGAAGGAUCCCCUCUCCUGAUAAAGGGACCAAAGAGGACAAAACAAGGCUGUCCAUGAUAUUUUCCCAAAGAAGAUUGCAAAGGUGGAGCGAUUAGAGAAGGGCUGAUGACGGGACUAUUAAUCCUUUCAGUGCAUCAAAAGCACCAAAGGGUAUUAGAAACGCUUGGAUGGAAAUCGGGCGAGUGUUUAGAACUGUUUUUGGUUUUAUAUGAAACUGGUGAUUAGUUCAUCUGCAAGGAUUUUUGCUUUCCCAGUGAUACUGAGGAGUAAAUUUGCUUUUUACCUUGUUGUUGUUGUUGUUGUUGAUGUUGUUGUUGUUUCGCCGGUAUGAGCGGUUUCCUGGUGUGAAUUUCCAGAAACUCUCGUCUCAAUCUUUUUUUCCUCUCCAAGUAUUCCUAAAUCUAAAUGGAAUUAGUUGAGUCUGAAGCCGUUUGUGAAAGGAACAGACAUGGUACAUGGGCACAGCUUCCAUCACGUUGUUGCAAGUCUUCUCAUACUUGGGUUGUCUGGGGCAACAAGGAAGGAUACAGCAGUGAAGAACAACUCUGGAGUGAAGCCUGCAGGUCAAUGUGGAACGUGGGUGAAAGAACCAGAAGGAGGUCUCUUCACUUCUCCCAAUUACCCAAACAAAUACCCCCCAAACACAGAGUGUGUUUACAUCCUUGAAGCACCCCCGAGGCAGUGUAUUGAUCUACACUUUGAGGAGAAUUAUUCAAUCGAGUCCUCUUGGGAAUGUAAAUUUGACAACAUCGAGGUCCGGGAUGGACCGUUUGGCUUCUCCCCAAUACUCGGACGGUACUGCGGUCAGCAAAGCCCGCCGGAUAUCAGGAGUAGUGGCCGAUAUCUGUGGAUAAAAUUUGUUACAGACGGCGAACUGGAAGGAGUGGGAUUUUCAGCAAGUUACAACUUCACUGCAGAUCCGGACUUUGCAGACUUGGGAGUCCCCCCACCUCUGCCCUCCUGUCAGUAUGACAUGGUUGGUCCAGAAGGUAUCGUUGAGUCCCAUCAGAUCACCAGAGACGGGAAGGCUGGCGCCGCAGAGGCCGUCGACUGUAAAUGGUACAUCCAUGCUCCGCCGCGCUCCAAGAUCUACCUGCGUUUUCUCGACUAUGAGAUGGCCAAUUCCAACGAAUGCAAGCGCAACUUUGUGGCGGUGUAUGAUGGCGGCAGUUCGGUGGAAGACCUGAAGAGCAAGUUCUGCUCCACGGUGGCCAACGACAUCAUGCUGGUUUCCACGCUGGGUGUCAUCCGCAUGUGGGCGGACGAGGCCAGCCGCAGGAGCCGCUUCCGCAUCCUCUUCACAACCUACCAAGAGCCUCCAUGCGAUGCAGAUGCCUUCUUCUGUCACAGUAACAUGUGCAUAAACAACUCGCUGGUGUGUAAUGGCAUGCAGAACUGUGUCUACCCCUGGGACGAGAACCAAUGCAAAGAGAAGAGGAAAGCCAACAUCCUGGACAACCUGAACAACACAAACGGGACCAUAAUCGGUGUCACCUGUUGCAUCGUCCUCAUCCUCCUCAUCGUCUCCGUCAUCGUCCAGAUCAAGCAGCCACGUAAAAAGUACAUCCUGCGGCGUGAGGACUUUGACCCCACCAUGUUCCAAGAGGUCUUUGAGCCGCCUCACUACGAGCUGUGUACUUUACGGAGCGCCACCACAGCCGCGGCGGCCUCAGCAGACUUAGUCGACCUGGCGGAAGACUUUGAGAACUACCACGCCCUACGCCGUGCCUCCUCACGCUGCGUCCACGAUCACCACUGUGGCUCCUCCUCCAACCCCGGCUCCGCCCACAUAUCCCAGCUGUCGCUCAGCGGACGAGGAAGCCGCGGGAACUUGAGCGCCCGAGACACAGCGGCUGCCGCUCUGCUCACAGACCUUCCGCAGCCGCCCAUGGCAGUGCGGCCCUUGUUACCGUCCACCGGAAACCGCAGGAGCAUCUUGGUCAUGAAGCACAGCUACUCGCAAGAGGCAGCGGACAAUGGAUGCGACCUGGACGACGACCUGGAAGAAGUUCCCACCACCAGCCACCGGCUUUCACGCCACGAAAAGGCAGUACAGCGACUUCUUGAGAAUAGUGCAAUCCUGGAUCAGUACGAACGGGCGUCACUGACAUAUGACAAAGCGGAGCGGAGAUUUACACCAGCAUGAUGCUGAUGAUGAUGAUGAUGAUGAAGGGACACUUUGACGAAAGGAUACUGAAUAUGUAUUCAUGUGCAGAGACGAACACAAGGGACUAGACAAACAUACUCAACGCUGCGACGCUGUGAACGGCGUCAGCUCUGUACGUACUGUAGUCAAUCCAGAUUUUUUUUUGUCUCGCUGGAAAGAAAUGGACCUGUAGAAUGAUCGUGAUUACUGAUUAUUCAUUAUUAAACUUUAAAUUUGGGAUGUUAGUCAGAAACAUAUCUGUCAUUGUCAUAGAUUCCUCGCUGAUAACAAAAUUAAUGUGAUCGAACAUCUUUAAGUUAAUUUUUAAGCAUGCAUUUUUCAACUGAGUCGCAUACAUAUGAUUUUUUUUGUAGCAAAUUAUAGAUGCUUGCAGUUUGUCUAAUCUAGAAAGGUUUAUUUUAUUUGUGAAAAUUGGAAUUAAUUACUAACCUAACUAAACUGAAUACUGUUGGAAUAACCAGAAGCAAUUUAAUUUGGAUAACAAUUCGAGGCAGAGUGGUAUGGCUUGUGCAUGCUUCUUUUGUACCCAUCAAAACAUUAACAUACUAACAUUAAAAUAUGAAAAGCCCCCAUCUACUAAUACAUAAGUCAUCAGAAAUUAAAAGUAGUGCAAAAAAGCAUCUUCAGAAUUAGCAUUGCAUGCUGCUGCUUAGCCGAGUCAUUAGGUGAAGAGAACUGUGCAAAUGAGUGUUACCAUUUUCAUUUUAACACAAACUCCCUUUUAAAUAUGCUGACUAACUUUUUGACAGGCUUUUGUUUUCAACAACGAUUGUUUUGUUUUUUAGCAAACAUAUUUACUUCAAGUCUGUUUGUCUUCUAACUCUCUUCUACUGUAGGGGCUUAAUGUCUUUGUAUUAAAACAGACUUUUAUACCAGGGCAAAUUGAAAGGAUGACAGUUUUUACAGUUACUCAAAUUAUCUUUCAGGGCUGAUUUUACUGAUGCUUUGUAAAAUAAAUAACAAUAAAGCUUCACCUUUUUUUCUUUGUUUUAUUGCCUUUUGGUCGGCACUGCCUCUGUCCCGUCAGUGUGUCCUCCGACUGUCAGCACACAUGUCUCACACUCAUGCAUUUUUAGAUGUUGGUUUGUUUGUUGUGGCUGAUUUGCUUUAGAGGAAGACCAGAUCCAAACCAAAGGGAUUUGUUUCACCGAGCAGGACAAUAAAACCAGUCCUAGACGGUUCAAAUAAUCACAGGUAUCUGACAGACAAGUUGAUUGACUUUUUGUGUUUGUCCUGAUGAGAUUAACCCCAUGCGUACUGCAGAAGGGACGGAUCAGCCUCAUGUUCUGAUAACACUCACUGUUGGCAGGCUGCUCUUGUAGACAAACAACCUGCAGGAUGAGGAGAGUGAGAAUAGUAGAUCAGCUGUGAGCACAGUGACAUAAACAAUUCACACAGACUCUCAUAGGGCUGGGCGAU